GAAAUUAAUUAAAUGAGAAAUGUUUACACCCGCGCACACUAAAAAUAAUAAUCUUGCAAUAAAUCUGACACGUUUUGUACAAAAAAAUAAUCAAUCAUUAAAAAAUGAAUUUUGAAGGGACCCCACCCCCUGCAGGCAGUGCUUUCCGAUUUGAAAAAAUAGAAGGAGGAAUAUGGUUUGGACUAACGGAUUCAGCAGUUUCAAAAGAUUAUUGUCAAUAUGGCAUGGAGUGGACCGACCCCAAUAAAAUCCUCACUGAUGAUAGGUCAAUUGCAUUCAGUUCACAAGACAUGUACAAAGCAGCAUCAGCUGUCCAAACGAAUUCGACAAAAGAAUCGUCCCCUGAGUCGCGGGAACUGUGCAACGGGUGUAGUCUUCGUGACUUGUUUUUACUACACUGGACAAUAAGACCCUUUCAUCUCUAUAUUUAUACGUCGUCGUUCCAAGAAGCAUGUUGGAUGAGGUAUGCCCUGAAGGACUUGUUUGACGCAUUCGGGGUCAUCAUGCCCAGUGAAUGUUUGAAGCUCAUUCUCCCUCAUGCGGAUCAAUUGUUGAAACAUUUAUCGACUAUACCGGAACUGGCUAAUUUAAUGCCUGAAGAAACUCGCCGUCUGAAGGGGAAACCAAUGUCCCAAUUACUGCGGCGAAAAAUGUUCCUUGAAUUUGCCAUCAAAUAUUCAACAUUGACGGAAGAAGAGAAUAUUUCUGAACCAGUGAGUGAACGGUCGGUCAUGAUGGAAAUAAGUGAACAGAAAGUUUACAACAGAGUCGGGAAAGGACAUUUGGCCCCCACAACAGUAAAUAAUCAAAUAUCAGACUGGCUUCUUCAGAAAUACGAGCACGUUGACGACCGAGAGAAAUGGAUUCGAAAAUCAGUUGUACAUGAAGAAUAUGUUAAUCAAUUUCCACAUCCGGAUCCAGAAAAAAAAUUGGUUAAACAGAAACUCGGCGCCCUUUUUAAUUCGACAUUUCCUAUUGCAACAACCAGACACCUCGGCCACAUAAACCGUUACGAGGUGUAUGCAAACAUUCGACGCAAGAUUCCCGACGCCACAUCUCAAGAGAACAUGACAAUGGGUACUAUUGUUAAAAAGGAAGACAAAAUUGAAAACAAAAAAAGUGAACCCGUAGAAAUUCAUGUCAUGGUCUCAUUUGAAAUACUUGAUUCUAUUGUUGAAGUAGGAAAAAAUGUGAUACAAAAAAUCUCAGAUAAUUGCGACGUCAGGAUUACGAUCCCGAAAUCCAAACAGAAAUGUAACCGUGUUCAGGUCGAGGGAGAUAAGGUCAAUGGUUGAAAAGGCAAAAAAAUUGUUAUUAGAUUUAGUCAAGAUUGUUGAGCAACUUAGUAUGUAGUGACAAUUUAAACACGUUUUUAUGAAUUAUAACUUAACUGUGUCGAGCAAUAAAAUUUUUUCUUAAAUUA